UCAGAGUUCAUGUUUACAGUAGCAAGGCGUGUGAGGGAGAGGACGAUAAGAAGGACUUCUGUGAGUCGAGUAUCUUGAUGCCGACAGGAUUGAAGCAGUCCAAAACCAGUUAAGUUGGCACGUCGUGUAAAUGGAGAAUCCCUCACCAUCAACAAUGGCCGCCAUCAGCGUCUCCAACACCACUUUUGCUCUGGAGUUGUUCCGCACUCUGAGUCAAACAAACCCCACCGGGAACGUCUUUGUCUCUCCCUUCAGCAUCAGCUCAGCGCUGGCCAUGGUCUACCUGGGAGCCAGGGGCGACACGGCUGCACAGAUGGAACAGGCCCUGUCCUUCAGGUCCGGCGAGGGCAUCCACGCGGACUUCCAGACACUCAACGAGGACAUCAAUUCGCCAUCUGCAACGUACAUCCUGAAAGUGGCCAACCGUCUUUAUGGAGAAAAGACAUCAAAAUUCAUCGCUGAGUUCCUUGAUGCCACACUCAAGUACUACAAGGCAGACCUGAAGCCCGUGGAUUUCAUCGGGGAUUCGGAGGCUUGUCGAGCAGAGAUUAACAGCUGGGUGGAGCAGCAGACGGAAAAUAAGAUUAAAGAUCUCCUGAAGCCAGGAACUCUCAGCCCAACGACAAGAUUAGCUCUUGUCAACGCCAUCUACUUCAAAGGCAACUGGAAGCACAUGUUCAACCCAGGCAACACCUGUGAACAGCCUUUUAAAGUCAAUCAGAACGUGACCACGAAGGUGCAAAUGAUGUAUCUGAAGGAGAAACUUCCGUACAACUACAUCCCUGAGCUGGGUCUGCAGAUCCUAGAGAUGCCAUACAAAGGUGAUGAGCUCAGCAUGGUCAUCCUGCUUCCGGAAGAGUCUACUGAUGGUUCUGACCCGCUGCUGAAGCUAGAAAAGGAGCUUACUCCCACCAAACUGAGCCAGUGGACCAAGAGGGACAACAUGGACGUCAACACCGACGUGGUCGUUCACCUGCCCAAGUUCAAACUGGAGGAGGAGUACGAGCUGAACGAACCCCUGGCCAAACUGGGCAUGACAAACGUGUUUUGCACCGCCAAGGCUGACCUUUCCGGAAUGAACGGCGAGGGAAGACUGUCCUUGUCCACGGUGGCCCACAAGGCCUUCGUGGAGGUAAACGAGGAGGGCAGCGAGGCCGCCGCGGCCACCGCCGGUAUCGCCUCGUUCUGCAUGCUGAUGAGGGAGGAACACUUUAACGCGGACCACCCCUUCCUCUUCUUCAUCAGGCACAAUAAGUCCAAGGCUGUCCUCUUCCUCGGCAGGUUCUCCUCUCCCCAAUAGAGAGAACUCAAAUCCAUGGAGAAAGAGUUUUUGAAAAUGUCAUUUUUCUCAAU